GGAGGGGCGAAGGCCAACAGGGUAGGAUAAGGUCGGCCAACGACAGAUGAUGGGUCAGAACUUGGGAGUGUUCGCCGAGUUUGCGCAUUUGAUAGGAGUAGCCUUCUGCGAAUCAAACUUCGAUGAGUGCAUAUGCGAUUUCCUAGCUACACUAAAAAAUGACAAUUGUAUGAUCUCAGACCAGGUAUAGGGUCCAUUUGCGUCAUAUGCUCCGUCAAUCCUUGCAUUAUCUAACAUAGAUGCGGAAUGGAUGCGGCAUGUAUUGCCGCAUGGGGGGCACAUUGCAGAAUUCGAUUUAUGCACAUGCACUAUUGAUCACUCUCAGCCCAUGAGUAGUUUUCUUUGUGAUCCAUUGUUUGAGAACCCCUGACUGUUACAGCCUGCAAGCUAAGGAGAUGGUUUUAUUAUGCCCGUCCAAUUAACCUGGCCGGGAACAAAUAUAAUAUCUUCUUCCAUCAUGGGGUAGAUUUGUAAUUUGUAAGUUUUAGGAAGGUGGGUUAGCAUUUCUGGCUUUAUUUUUAUAACCUCCCGCAGGUCUGGUAGCGAAGAGGAACAGAUUAGUAUCCAUACAGAAGACCGAACUCGCGUUUGCUGGUAACUAAACAUGGCAUAUUCCCCAUGACCGACGCUGUCUUUAAUGCCGUUGUCACCCACUAUGUGGCAAUUGACCUAUACAAUAUAUAUGCCAAGUGGAGUAGUAGUCAUGGGUUUUCUCACCCCUUACGUGCGCCUAUCGUUCUCCAAACCGAAAUGGCUGCAAAUGACGAUUACUGGCGAACCGAAGAAUCAUAAAAAUAAUUCAAUGCGAGCGGUCUGUCAUUAAAUAGCAUAUUUCUGGGAUAUCUGAUUCUUGUGUUCAAGUGCAAACCAGCCUCUUAUAAUAUCCUACAGAUCUUAACUAUGAAGGAAGCAAUGAAAGCGUACUUCUGUCUCGUUCUUGGUGGUAUAAAUUUUUGAAGCUUUGCUCUAUUCUCACUUGUAGUUACGUUGCUCCGAUUAUCACAGAAUUCUUAAUAGAAUGUCUUGCAA